AUGCCACCCUUCAAUUUGACCAUGGGCAUUCUCCGCCCCACUGGCUCGGAGGACUGCCCUGGCACAGUUCUUCUCUUUGAGAGAUCCGACAAUGAGCAGAAUUACCAUCCUGGCGCUAAGCAUGACCCAAAAGACCCUUCAAUCAUCUUGGAUCCUCAACCGUCAGAUGAUCCAAACGAUCCAUUGAAGAAUUGGUCGAUUUGGAAGAAGGAUCUAUUGUAUUUGACACUUUUCGUCAACACUGUCAUCCUGGCUGCGGUGCCUGGACCAGUAUUUGCAUCUUCGACUGCAGUUAUGGCAAAGAGUUUGGAAGUCUCGUUGGAUAAUGUUGCUCUUCUCUCGGGAUACCAGCUACUGGUUGUUGGAUUGUACGGUCCAUUCUGUUCGGCAUUUGCUCGCAAGUACGGCAAACGACCCCAAUACCUAUUCGGUUGCACGAUGGCACUGAUUGGAAUAAUCAUUUGCGUGGCCUCUGGGUCAAAUUAUUCAACACUCCUUGCCGGCCGACUCAUCCAAGGCUUUGGGACAACUGCAUUUGAGUCGCUGUCGCUGGCCGCAAUCGGGGAUAUAUACUUCGUCCAUGAGCGUGGUAUCAGAACUGGAGUGAUGGUGAUUGCGUUGACAUGCCUUUCGAGCGUAGUCAAUAUCAUUGGAGGCCCAAUUACCCAAAAUUUGGGGUGGAGAUAUAUGCUAAUCAUUCACCUGCCAUUUGUCGCAGCUGCGUGGAUUCUCACAUUCUUUUUUAUCCCCGAGACUCAAUUCCGCCGUCCUAUCGGAGUUGUUGAGCAUAUUGAGAUGCCAACCCAUAUAACUGACUCCAAGGAAAAGACAGACGAGGGAUCGGAGGUUUAUCAAGAAGAGAAUGUGGAUGAACAACAGACCCCAAAUCCGUCUACCAAUAUUCCAAAGAAAACCUAUCUGCAGACUCUCGCAAUCUUCUCAGGAACAUACAGCGACAUGAAUAUCUGGAAACUCAUUGCGGCACCCUUUGUUGUUCUUCAUAACCCAGGUGUUAUUUGGUCGCUGGGUAUGUCCGGUGCGGUCGUGGGACUAUGGGUCAGUUUGGCAUAUGUCUUCGCUCAGCUAUGGUCUGCACCGCCAUAUAAUUUGAAUGCCGCCCAAAACGGAUAUUUCUAUGUUGGAGCUAUGCUCGGCGGUAUGAUUGGCGGCCUCGGCAGUGCCUGGGUGACUGAUUUGAUCACUAAAAUCAUGGUCCGCAUAAAUCGUGGGAUUUAUGAACCGGAAUUCCGAAUUCUAACUCAAGCGAUUUCCGCUGCCGUCCUGGCCUUGGGAUAUUUCGUGUUUGUAUGGCUCUUUGAACACCCCUUCUCGACGGGCUACUAUCUCGGCUCAUUUCUUCAUGGAUGUAUUUGCUUGGGUAUUACAGUGUCGACUGUAUCGUCAAGUCUUUACAUCUUGGAUGCUCAUUCCUCUGAGACCACGGAAAUCUUCUGUCUACAGAUGACGUUCAAGAACCUCUUGUUCUUCGGGUUUGCACGCUUUGUCAACUCCUGGGCAGCCGAAGACGGAGCCCAGUCUAUUUUCCGGGCUUAUGGGAUAAUUUCACUCUGCCUAGUUGCAACUUUGAUUCCAAUGUACAUUUUUGGAAAGUGUAACCGUCUAUUCAUACACAGAUUGGCAUUGCUGCAACGAUUCUACUUUGGGAAAGAAUAA